AUGGGCAAUGAAGGAAAAUGCACCUUUGGCACUCGUAUGCCCAUCGACAUACAUAUGCUAAAUGAGAUUAUCUACAGGGAAGUAAAGCACUUUCGCAAUUAUAAAAUUUAUAGACCUAACUUUGGUUCAAUACCUGUAACCAGUAAAUUUUACGCGGCACACGAUCAGCUUAAAGCAGAAUCUAAGGAGCAAACAGAAAAGGUUGACAAUUAUCAUCAUAAUGUCGCUCAAACCAGGGCUAAAGGGCCGCAUAGCAAGUACCCUUCACCUGCCACUGAAAAUCAAGUUUACGGUUGGUAUGAUAAACCUUUAGUGCCAAUGGAUCGCAACGACCGUCGAUUCUACCACCCGAAGAGAGAAAGCUCACAUACUAAAGUUGAAAUUAUUAUUCUCAUGUCCAAUCCCAAGAAACGAGGA